AUGCUGCGCCAGCCCAGCCGCGCGCGGGUCACACGCCAUGUGGCGCUGCGGUUCCCUGAGGGCGCUGGGCCCGCUGCGGAGGCUGAGAGGCGGCAAUACACGCCACAAAGUACGGAGGUGGAGCAGUAGCCGGGCUUGCGAGAGGGCUCUCCAGUACAAAGUGGGGGAGAAGAUCCACGGGUUCACUGUAAACCAGGUGACGUCUGUUCCAGAACUGUUCCUUACCGCAGUGAAGCUGAGCCAUGACAACACGGGAGCAAGGUACCUGCACCUGGCCAGAGAAGACACGAAUAACCUGUUCAGUGUGCAGUUCCGCACGACGCCGAUGGACAGCACGGGGGUCCCGCACAUUCUGGAGCACACGGUCCUCUGUGGCUCUCAGAAGUACCCGUGUAGAGACCCUUUCUUCAAAAUGCUGAACAGGUCAUUGUCCACCUUCAUGAACGCCUUCACAGCCAGUGACUACACUCUGUAUCCGUUUUCCACACAAAAUCCCAGGGAUUUCCAGAACCUGCUGUCCGUGUACUUGGAUGCGGUCUUUUUCCCACGCUUGCGGGAACUGGAUUUCUGGCAGGAAGGAUGGCGACUCGAACACGAGAAUCCGAGUGACCCCCAGAGCCCCCUGAUCUUCAAAGGAGUUGUCUUUAAUGAGAUGAAGGGAGUGUUUACAGACAACGAGAGGAUAUUCUCACAGCACCUUCAGAACAGACUGCUUCCUGACCACACGUACUCGGUGGUCUCCGGCGGCGAUCCCUUGUGCAUCCCGGAGCUCACCUGGGCACAGCUGAAGCAGUUCCACGCCACUCACUAUCACCCGAGUAAUGCUAGGUUCUUCACUUACGGCAAUUUUCCGUUAGACCAGCAUCUGGAACAAAUUCAUGAAGAAGCACUGAGCAAGUUUCAGAAAAUUGAACCAAGUACCUCGGUGCCCGCUCAGAAGCCCUGGGAUGAGCCCAAGGAAUUCCAGAUAACAUGCGGCCCAGAUUCCUUUGCUACAGAUCCUGCUAAGCAGACGACGGUCAGCGUUAGCUUCCUCUUACCAGAUAUCACCGACACGUUUGAGGCCUUCACGUUGAGUCUCCUGUCCUCCCUGCUGAUUGCGGGGCCCAACUCCCCCUUCUACAAAGCCUUGAUCGAAUCUGGGCUCGGCACAGACUUUUCCCCUGAUGUUGGGUACAAUGGCUACACCAGAGAGGCCUACUUCAGUGUCGGCCUGCAGGGGAUUGCGGAGCAAGACGUCGAGACUGUCAGGACCCUCAUAGACAGAACGGUGGACGGAGUCGUUGAGAAAGGAUUUGAAGAUGACCGAAUUGAAGCUUUGCUUCAUAAACUGGAGAUACAAAUGAAGCAUCAGUCCACCAGCUUUGGACUCACCCUCACGUCGCACAUAGCCUCCUGCUGGAAUCACGACGGAGACCCCGUGGAGCUCCUGCAGUUGGGAGAUCUCCUGGUGAAAUUCAGGCAGUGCCUGAAGGACAAUCCCAAAUUUUUGCAAGAAAAAGUAAAACAGUAUUUUAAGAAUAACCAGCAUAAGCUGACUCUGUCGAUGAGACCGGAUGACAAGUACCAUGAGAAACAGGCACAGAUGGAAGCAGAAAAGCUAAAGCAAAUGGUCGGUUCUCUCUCCCCGAAAGACAAGCAGCUAAUCUACGAGAAAGGUCUGGAGUUACGGACCGAGCAGAGCAAGCCUCAGGACGCCUCCUGCCUGCCGGCGCUGAAAGUGUCGGACAUCGAGCCCACCAUGCCCGUCACGGAGCUGCGCGUGGUCUUGGCAGCCGGAGACACCCCUGUCCAGUACUGUGCGCAGCCCACCAACGGCGUGGUCUACUUCCGGGCCUUCUCCAGCCUGAACACGCUUCCCGAGGAGCUGAGGCCCUACGUGCCUCUCUUCUGCAGCGUCCUCACCAAGAUGGGCUGUGGCAGCCUGGACUACAGACAACAGGCUCAGCAGAUGGAGCUGAAGACGGGGGGCAUGACCGUGUCCCCCCACGUGCUCCCCGACGACUCCCACCUGGACACCUACGAGCAGGGUGUGCUGUUUUCAUCUCUCUGCCUGGAUCGGAACCUACCAGACAUGAUGCAUCUGUGGACUGAAAUAUUUAACAGCCCGCGCUUGGAGGAAGAGGACCGCUUCAGGGUGCUGGUCAGGAUGACCGCUCAGGAGCUCUCCAACGGGGUGCCGGACUCCGGGCACCUCUAUGCGGCCAUCAGAGCGGGCAGCAGCCUCACGCCCGCGGGGGGCCUGCAGGAGACCUUUGGCGGCAUGGAUCAGGUGAGGCUGAUGAAGAGUGUCUCGGAAAUGGCGGACAUCACGCCGGUCCUGAGAAAGCUCCCGCUCAUCCAGAAGCAUCUGCUGAACUGCAAUAACAUGAGAUGCUCCGUGAACGCCACCCCACAGCAGAUGGCGCCGGCGGAGCAGGCGGUGGGGAGCUUCCUCAGGAGCCUCAGGCGCAGCCAGCGGGAGCCCGCACACCCCCACGUGGUCGAGAAACCUGCGCACGGCGGCUCUGACGGAAACCGACAGGCCUGUGGCUCCCAGAUGGUCAGAAAGCUGAUCACAGACCCCGCCUUCAAGCCCUGCCCGACGAAGACCCACUUCCUGCUGCCCUUCGCCGUGAACUACGUGGGCGAGUGCGUCCGGACGGUCCCCUACUCGAAUCCGGACCAUGCCAGUCUCAAGAUACUCGCACGUUUGAUGACGGCUAAGUUCCUGCACACGGAAAUUCGGGAAAAAGGCGGCGCCUACGGCGGGGGCGCCAAGCUCAGCCACAGCGGGGUGUUCACGCUUUACUCCUACAGGGAUCCGAAUUCCGUGGAAACACUCCAGGCCUUCAGGAAGGCCGUGGACUGGGCCAAAUCCGGGAAGUUCACGCAGCAGGACAUCGACGAAGCCAAGCUGUCCGUCUUUGCGAGCGUGGACGCUCCCGUCGCACCCUCAGACAAAGGCAUGGACCACUUCCUGUACGGGCUCUCGAACGAGGCGAAGCAGGUGCACAGGGAGCGGCUCUUCGCGGUCACCCGAGACAGCUUGGUCGCUGUGAGCCACGCGUACCUGGGCACCGCGAGCAGCACGCGCAGCUGGGCCAUCCUGGGACCGGAGAACGCGGAGAUCGCCAAGGACCCGUCGUGGGUCACGCGGUAGCUCCCCCCAGCACUCCUGCCUGCGCUCGGGAGCCAGGCCGAACCCACGCUGGUUCUCAGACCUUAGGUCUCUGGGCCACAUUUAAUUCGAAAGGUCAGAGAUGCUACUGCUUUUCCCCACAAUCUUAACGGCAUCCUUAAGAUUUUGCCAAAGGUUUUAUUAACUGGCAAGUCAGAAAAAAACCUGUCUUAAAGGAGGAGAUGCAGUGACCGUGGAGAAAUUGAAGUAAUCAUGUGUCGAAUGUGCAUAGAUGCACAAAUUAGAAUUUUAAAGCUUUCUAGUGAUAUGCUUAUUUUAUCCUUAUCACGAAAUAUUUAUUUUAAGAACUUAAAAAUAAAGGGCAGCUGUGA